AUGUCCUCUGAGGGCAAGUUGUUAGCCCGCAAGUCGAAAGAAAUUGAACGGUCAAUCUUCCUGUUCAUUUUGGUGACCGUUCCGAUGUCUCUACGAUUGCAGCUGCAACACGCCUGCGUUCUGCAACUGAGCCGGUCAGCGGUGCAGUGGGUGCUCGCCGACGCACGAGGCACGAGCCGGGAACCGCGCUGCACGCGUAUUCGUGGGUCCGGUGGCGUCGUCGAAUGCUGUAUAGCGGCGCGCGCGCAGCACGCACACGCGGCGGCUGACUAUGCUAGCGCGGCGCGGCGCGGCGCAGCGCGUCGCGUCGCGCUUAUGAUCAACGACUUUUCUGUUGUUUGUUUAACGUGUUGCGUAUCUUCGCUAAUUCGAUAUUCAGCAAUGAGUCUGCAGUCGGUGACCUCGCAGCUUAUGUGUUUUAGUGGCUGGAACGUCCUCGUGUGUAGUCGCUACCAGCUCGCUUGCCGCUGUCUUACGCCGCCGGUCGCUUGUCGCGCUUGUCCUAGCCGCCGCCCCUUUCCGGUGCCCAAGCGCAGCGAUCCCGCCGCUGCCAUCGUCGCGUCGUCGUCUAGCCGUCGUCCAAAUGGCGCAGCAGCCGUUGUCUGCCCGCCGCCGGAGGAAACAAAGUCGUCCUUGUCGUCUGGUCACCGAUCCGUUCGUCCUCGCCACGCUACUCGAAAAUGGUAA